GAGGGGCACAGAGCCCGGGGGUGCCCACAACCACGAGAGCCCCUCGCCAAGGAGGGAACAAUUCCCUGCAGAGAACAACAGAGAUGGAUGAGAACAGGAGGAACUCCAACUCCCAGUGCUCCAGCCCCUUGCCCAGCUGGCUGGCAGACGAGUCACUCAGCGAGCACUGGCUGGGGACAGUGGGUGAGUCAGACCUGCCACUGUCAGGGACUGAGGAGGGGUCCUUCGGCCGCGGGGAUGACGACUGGAAUUACGACACCGAUCCAGACCUUUCCCAAUUCGGAGAUGUUACCGAAUGGGAAGAAGAUGAGACAGAAGAUGAGACAGAAGAUGAGACAGGAGAUGAGACACUCCAAGAACUCUAUGAAUGGCAAGAAGAAGUGAGAGUCCAAGAAUGUUCCCACCAGAGAGCAAGGAGACCUCAAGAGCUCUACAGAUUUGAAGAAGACGUGAGAGUCCGAGAACUUUCCCAGUGGUGUUGUGGGAGACACCCGGAGCUGUACCGCCGGGAAGAGACUGUGAGACGCCAGGAGCUGCACGAAUGGGAAGAAGGUGGCAUGAGAUACCAUGAGCUGAUCCAAUGGGAAGAACGUGUGACAAUCCGAGAGCCGCCCCAAAGGGAAGAACGUGUGAGAACCCGAGAGCUGCCCCAAAGGGAAGAAGAAGAGACCUAUUCGGAGCUGUCCCAAUGGGGAGGUCUCAGAGGCCAAGAACUUCCUCAGUGGGAAGAUGUGGGACUCCAAGACCUGACCCAGCAGGAAAGUCAGAGAUACCAUGACCUGACUCAGCAGGAAGAUGUGGGAGCCCGUGGACUGUACCAAUGGGAAGACAAGAGAGAUUCAGAGCUCUUCCAAGUCGUAGACAAGACAGACAAGGAUCAACCCCAGAAAGAAGCGUAUGGUGCCCAAGAGCUCCCCCAAAGGGAAGUCGUGAGUGACAAAAGGCUGUCUCAGGGGGGAGCUGAUGUUGGUUACAGCAGUUGGGACAAACCUGUGAGUGCUGGGGACACCCUGGCUGUUCCCCAGGAGGGGCCCAGCUCUCCCAGCAGUGUGGGCACAGCGGUGGCAGCAGAGGCAGCCCAGGACCUGCCCAGUCCAGCUCCUGCCCCGCUGAGUCCCACGGAGGCUGAGCCAGCAGCUCCUGCCCCAGAUGGAGCUGCUGAGGAGGAAAAGCCCCAGGAGCCUGUGACUCCUGAGGAGACAAAGGCAGAAGGUUCUCCAAGCUUUGGGGAGCUGGUGCCAUCAGCAGGGACAGAGAGCCCGGUCCCUGCCCCCCAGAGCCCCUCAGAGGGCAGCCAGGCCCUGCUGGGCACUGACCAGCAAAUCACCACUGAGAUUGUGAGCGAGGCUGAGCUUGAGAUCCAGGGAUCUGAGCAGCAGCUGGAGGAACAGGGAGCCAUGGAAGAAAGCACAGCUGCAGAAAUGCAAGAAACAGCAGCAGAGACACAGAACCCGGUCCCUGCCCCCCAGAGCCCCUCAGAGGGCAGCCAGGCCCCGCUGGGCACUGACCAGCAAAUCACCACUGAGACCCUGACAAAGGCUGAGCUUGAGAUCCAGGGAUCUGAGCAGCAGCUGGAGAAACAGGGAGACCUGGAACAAAGCACGGGAGCAGACAUGCAAGAAAUAGCUGCAGGGACAGAGAGCCCAGUCCCUGCCCCACAGAGCCCCUCAGAGGGCAGCCAGGCCCUGCUGGGCACAGACCAGGAAAUCACCCCUCAGAUCCUGAGUGAGGCUGAGCUUGUGAUGCAGGGAUCUGAGCAGCAGCUGGAGGAACAGGGAGACAUGGAACAAAGCACAGCUGCAGAAAUACAAGAAACAGCUGCAGGGACAGAGAGCCCAGUCCCUGCCCCACAGAGCCCCUCAGAGGGCAGCCAGGCCCCACUGGGCAGUGACCAGCAAAUCACCCCUGAGAUCCUGAGCGAGGCUGAGCUUGUGAUGCAGGGAUCUGAGCAGCAGCUGGAGGAACAGGGAGACCUGGAACAAAGCACAGCUGCAGAAAUGCAGGAAAGAGCAGCAGAGACACAGAGCCCGGUCCCUGCCCCCCAGAGCCCCUCAGAGGGCAGCCAGGCCCUGCUGGGCCAGCAAAUUACCAUUGAGAUCAUGAGCGAGGCUGAGCUUGUGGUCCAGGGAUCUGAGCAGCAGCUGGAGGAACAGGGAGCCAUGGAAGAAAGCACAGCUGCAGAAAUGCAGGAAAGAGCAGCAGGGAUAGAGAGCCUGGUCCCUCCUUCACGGAGCCCCUCAGAGGGCAGCCAGGCCCUGCUGGACAUGGCUGAGCUCAUGACCACUGAGAUCCUGACAAAGGCUGAGCUUGAGAUCCAGGGAUCCAGCCAGGAGCUGGAGAACCAGGGAGACCUGGAACAAAGCACAGCUGCAGAAAUGCAAGAAACAGCUGCAGGGAUAGAGAGCCCGGUCCCUGCCCCACAGAGCCCCUCAGAGGGCAGCCAGGCCCUGGUGGGCACUGACCAGGAAAUCACCCCUGAGAUCCUGAGCGAGGCUGAGCUUGUGAUGCAGGGAUCUGAGCAGCAGCUGGAGGAACAGGGAGACCUGGAAGAAACCACAGCUGUGGAAAUGCAGGAAAGAGCAGCAGGGACAGAGAGCCCAGUCCCUGCCGCCCAGAGCCCCUCAGAGGGCAGCCAGGUCCUGCUGGACAUGGCCGACGGCAUCAGUACUGAGAUCCUGAAGAAGGCUGAGCUUGAGAUCCAGGGAUCCAGCCAGGAGCAAGAGGAACAGGGAGACCUGGAGGAAAGCACAGCUGCAGAAUUGCUAACAAUUCCAGCAGAGAGUACAGAGAGCCCGGUCUCUGCCCCACUCAGCCCCUGCUCCCCUCCCAGCCCCGUGGCUUCCAGCCUGGAAGUCCUGGUUGCCAGUGAGCACCAGGACACAGAGGAGAGGUCAGUCCUGUCUGUGCAAGAGACUGAGGAGGGAACCUUGGCUGGGGAGGAGAAAGAGUGGAAAUCAUCCACUGACCAGGACCUGUCCCAAGGGGAAGAGGUCAGAGACCCACAGCUGUCCCAGUGGGAAGAGGACAUCACCUCUAUCAUCUCUGACAAGGCCUUGGGCCCAGGGAGCCAGGAGGAUGCCCAGCCUGUUCGCCAAGAGAGGCCCAGCUCUCCCAGCAGUGUGGGCACAGCGGUGGCAGCAGAGGCAGCCCAGGACCUGCCCAGUCCAGCUCCUGCCCCGCUGAGUCCCACGGAGGCUGAGCCAGCAGCUCCUGCCCCAGAUGGAGCUGCUGAGGAGGAGGAGCCCCAGGAGCCUGUGGCUCCUGAGGAGACAAAGGCAGAAGGUUCUCCAAGCUUUGGGGAGCUGGUGCCAUCAGCAGGGACAGAGAGCCCGGUCCCUGCCCCCCAGAGCCCCUCAGAGGGCAGCCAGGCCCCGCUGGGCAGUGACCAGCAAAUCACCCCUGAGAUCCUGAGCGAGGCUGAGCUUGUGAUGCAGGGAUCUGAGCAGCAGCUGGAGGAACAGGGAGACCUGGAAGAAACCACAGCUGCAGAAAUGCAGGAAAGAGCAGCAGAGACACAGAGCCCGGUCCCUGCCCCCCAGAGCCCCUCAGAGGGCAGCCAGGCCCCGCUGGGCACUGACCAGGAAAUCACCACUGAGACCCUGAGCGAGGCUGAGCUUGUGGUCCAGGGAUCCAGCCAGGAACUGGAGAAACAGGGAGACCUGGAACAAAGCACAGCUGCAGAAACACAAGAAACAGCUGCAGGGAUAGAGAGCCCAGUCCCUGCCCCACAGAGCCCCUCAGAGGGCAGCCAGGCCCUGCUGGGCACAGACCAGCAAAUCACCCCUGAGAUCCUGAGCGAGGCUGAGCUUGUGAUGCAGGGAUCUGAGCAGCAGCUGGAGGAACAGGGAGACAUGGAACAAGCCACGGAUACGGAAACAGUAACAACAUUUACAGCAGAAAGGGAAGGGAGCCUGGUCCCUGCCCUACAGAGCCCCUCAGAGGGCAGCCAGGCCCUGCUGGAUACAGACCAGUCCAGCACCAGUGAAGUCCUGAUCAAGGCUAAGCUUAAGGGAUCUGGCCAAGAGCGGGAGGAACAGGAAGACCUGGAACAGACCUGGGAUACUGAAACAAUAUCAACAUUUACAGCAGAAAGGGAAGGGAGCCUGGUCCUGGCCCCACGGAGCCCCUGCAGCCCCUUCAGCCUCUCAGCUCCCAGCCUGGAAGCCCAGGCCCUCCGUGAGCAGCAGGAGGAGGCCGUGGUUGGGGAGGGCCAAGAUUGGAAAUAUUAUGUUGACCAAGAGAUUUUCCAAUGGGAAGAUGAGGAAGAGCAAGAUCUGUCCCAAGAAGAAACCAAAACCUACCAGCAAGUGUCCCAAGGGGGAGAGCGCAGUGAGCAGGAGCCGUCCCCUGGACCAGUCAAGAGCCACCAGGAACUGUCCGACUGGGACGGAUACAGCGAGGAAGAGGAGCCCCAGGGGGAAGUAAAGAGCUACCGAGAAGAGUCCGACUGGGAGGAAAACAUCAAGCAAGAGCAGUCCCAGGGAAAAAAGAGAAGCUUCCAAGAAGUGUCCGACUGGGAAGAAUGCAGCGAGGAAGAGCUGUCCCACAGAGGAGCGAAGAGCUACCAAGAGGUGUCUGACUGGGAAGAAAACAUGGAGAAAGAGCAGUCCCAGGGAGAAUCCAAGAGACGCCAAGAAGUGUCCGGCUGGGAAGAAAACAUGGAGAAAGAGCAGUCCCAGGGAGAAUCCAGGAGACGCCAAGAAGUAUCCGACUGGGAAGACUACAGUGAGGAAGAGCUGUCCCACGGAGAUGUGAAGAGCUACCAGGAAGUGUCAGACUGGGAAGAAAACGUCAAGCAAGGGGGAGUCCAGAGAGAAUCCAGGAGAUGCCAGGAAGUGUCCGACUGGGAAGAAUACAUUGAGGAAGAGCAGUCCCGAGCAGAAGUGAAGAGCUACCAGGAAGUGUCGGACUGGGAAGAAAACCUCGAGCAAGGGCAGUCCCAAGAAGUGAAGAAGUACAAAGAAGUGGCUGACUGGGAAGAGCUGCCUGACAGCAAGGGAGGGCUGUCCCAUGGAGGAGUGAAGAUCUGCCAAGAACCAUCGGACCGGGAAGAAUCCAGUGAGGAAGAGCAGUUCCAGAGAAAAGUCAGCGCCUUCCAAAAACUGCUCAAGUGGGAAGAAUCCAGCGAGGAAGAGCAAUCCCAUGGAAAUGGCAGUAGCUACCCAGAACUGACCGAGUCGGAAGAAACCAGCAUGGAAGGGCAGUUCCAAGGAAAAUUCAGUGGCUUCCAAGAACUACUGUCCGACUGGGAAGACUCCAUUGCCGAAGAGCUUUCCGAAGACGAAGACUCCUUUGGCCAAGAGUUUUCUGACUGGGAAGUCUACAGACCCUCAAUACUGUCCCGGUGGGAAGACGACAGUGACAGGGAGCUCACGCUGCUGGACUGGGAACGCAUGACCAUCCGCAGCUUCGGGGUCAAGCCCUUGCGCCCUGAGGAGGACGAGUGGGAAGAACUGAGCUUCCUGGAGCUGUCCCAGGGUCAAGGCACGGAACACAGGCUGGGAAUCCUUGUGGAAGAGGGGCUCCCAAUGCCCGUCCCUCGCGAGGCGUGGGCUGAGCGCCGGCUCUGUGUCUCCCCUCCCCGGGUCUGUGUCUCCCCUCCCCGGCCGGCAGCCCAGAUCCCCCACGGGGCUGCAGCUCCUCCCGCCUUGGACAAGCAGGUGGCAAAGGCAGAGGCAGGGACACGGAGCCAGGGCCCUGCCCCAGAGAGGCCCUGCCGCCCCCCCAGCCCCUGCCCUCCCCAGCUGGAGGCUCAGGCCCCCCGAGGGGCUGCAGCUCCUCCCGCCUUGCGCAAGCAGGUGGCAGAGGCAGCGACACAGACUUGGGUCCCCAGGAAACGUCCCUCUCGUUUCAGGCAGAUGCUCAGGGCUCUGGGCAGGCUGUUCGGUGCCUGCGCCCCGGGACAGCUCGAGGAUUAGGCCCCGCUCCGGCGCCGGGCCAGGCCCAGACCCCUCUGCAAUUCUUCCACAGAAAAUGACUCUACCACCGACUUUUGACACUUCCUCCAAUUCUUGACGAGUCCUGCAGGGCUGAGCAAAGACAGGAGCUGUUGCUCCCACAACCUCCCUGCAGGACUGCUACAUCCACGAGUAUUCCUAAACAAACCGAAGAUGGCUUUAGUAUGUUCACUAAUUUAAUUCAUUAAGCUGGUUAAGUAACUAUAGUUGUCGUUAAGUAUCCAGUAUCUCUAUCUCUUUAGUUCACAUUUAUAGUUAAAUAAAGUCUAUGUUAA